GAAGUGUAACGGAUAAAGUCUUCCAGUGACACAUUGUGGUCCCUCUCAGGGCAGCAGGACCUGAAACAAGUUUCGGUCAGCCGUUCUUCCGGUUCUUCUCAACCCGAACAUCUGUUAUAACUUGUUGCGGAACGCAUUUGAAGAGUAAAAUGUGCCUUUGUGACGAAGUUCCUGCGCUAAAUGCCGCGGUUAGUCGACCACUUUAACAGUGACGCUGCGAGCUGAAGCUCACGACGGUGUGACCCGGAUCUAACCCGGACAUUCGUUGAUCGUUCAGCGUCUUUUGGGGGAACUCUUCGACCUCAAGUGGACCGAACAUCGGGAUCCGAAAGUCGGGAACUUUCCUUCGAAGUGGAGUGAAAAUGGAGCCAGAGAGCUAAGGGUUUGCGCACGCGCGGUGUCUGUUCCGCCUUCUUCCUCAUAGUUCGCCCCGUGUUCGUCUCCGUCCGGCAGGUGAUUCACGGAACCGGGAUGGCCGCCGACUCCACCGUCAAGUUCACCCUGCUCCACCGGACCUGUAAGCUGGUGGUGCUGCUGUGUUUCCUCCACAUCUCCGUCACAUUCUUCUUCUACGUCCGCUCUCUGGACCUACGGUUCGCAUUUGUCCAGAACCAGCAGUCCCAUAAUGCCUCCACGCAGACGAGCCGGGUCCUGGACCUAGACUUCAGUUCUGAAACCAAGGAAGAGGUUCCAACAGAGCUGGUCCCAAAGGAGCAGAAGGGGGCCGAGUCGGAAGCUCCUGAGGAGCCGCCGGGCGUGAAGAAGAAGGCGGAAGAACCAGAGAAGAAGCUGGAGAAAUGUCCCGAGACGUCGCCUCUGUUGGUGGGACCUCUGCGGAUAGAGUUCAACACUCCAGUGAACCUGGAUCAGAUCAAGCAGCAGAACCCCAACCUUCAGCCGGGUGGACGCUUCCGACCCGGAGACUGCAUAGCGCUGGCGAAGGUGGCCAUCAUCAUCCCCUUCAGGAGACGGGACGAGCACCUGAAGUUCUGGCUCUUCUACCUGCACCCCAUCCUGCAGAGACAGCAGCUGGAUUACGGAGUCUACGUCAUCAACCAGGACGGAGAGGAGGUCUUUAACCGGGCCAAGCUGCUCAAUGUGGGCUACACGGAGGCCCUGAAGGACUACGACUACGACUGCUUCGUCUUCAGCGACGUGGACCUGAUCCCCAUGGACGACCGCAACAUCUACAAGUGCUUCAGUCAGCCGCGACACCUGUCCGUCUCCAUGGACAAGUUCGGCUUCAGGUUGCCCUACAAUCAGUACUUUGGAGGUGUGUCUUCAAUGAGUAAAGAACAAUACCUGAAGAUAAACGGCUUCCCCAACAACUACUGGGGGUGGGGAGGAGAGGACGACGACAUCUUCAACAGGUUGUCCUCCAGAGGAAUGUCCAUCUCCAGGCCCAGUGGCGAGGUGGGGAAGUGCAGGAUGAUCCGCCACGACAGAGACAAGCAGAACGAACCCAACCCUCAGAGGUUCGACCGGAUCGCUCACACCAGAGACACGAUGCUCAAAGACGGCAUCAACUCUCUCUCCUACAACGUGGUGAAGACGGAGCGCUUGGACCUCUUCACAAAGAUCACAGUGGACGUGGGGAAACCAUGACGACCAGCAGCAGGGUCAGUUGACUGGUCCCACGAGCUGGACUCAAACAUCAGACCUUCACCAUGGACCAUUAUAGGAUAGAGACAAUCAGAGCUGCCGGGCGUCACGGUGUUCCUCUAUUGGAAGGGGAUUGUGGGUAAUAAGGGGCAGGGCUUACAGAUGGCGUCUCACUAAUCACCAUUUGUUUUGUAACGUUAGAAGCAGAGAAGAGCUUCAUAUCUCCGAGGACGUACUGCUCUGCCUCGUCCUUCACUUCUCAAACCAAAGUUUAGUACAUGUUUCACUUUUACUGACUGAUGUGCUUCUUCUGAGGCCUUACUGGAUGUGUUGUCUCCAUGACAACGGCUGAUGUAUGUGGCUACGAUCAUCAUCCAUCAACGCGUAGCAAGCCCCAACCUAGUGCCUCCUCCUCGUGUCCCAUGUUUCCUUCUCCUUGAAUCAAAUUAAAUUUAGUCCAUGUUUGUUUGUUUUGGCUGUGUGUGUUUGUGUUGCACUUAAUAAUCAGGUUUAAUCUUUUCAACUAAAUCUGUUGAUUUGAUCAGCUUCCAGCCAAAGGAUCUUCUGAUUCAAAGUGUCCUUGGAGUGCAAACAUGUAUUGAUCCAAAGAAUGUGUGUGUGUGUGUGUGUGUGUGCGCGCGCCUACAAUCUAUUAUUGUUAAAGUGCCUUAAAAUGAAUGCAGUCUAACUGGUGACUUAAUGAACCCUAUCUGUAAAUGUCUGGAGAUAAAAAUACAAGUGAAGAACCAAAGUGUAUU